AUGACCAUGCUGCUGGAUAGCGGUCCGCAGUUUGCAUCGCUAGGAGUGGGAGGGUUCGGGGGACCACGGCACCACGACAUCGGCAACCGGGACCCGAGUCUGGGGCUGAAUCCCUUCUCCGACUCCCCCCACUCCGCAGCGUUCAAAAUCAGCCCGGUCUCUCACGACAUCGCCUCCAGCCAGACGUCAGCGUUCACCCCGCAAGCCUCCGGGUAUGCAGCCGCCCUGGGACACUCGCACGGCGGGCAGGUGGGCUCGUACGGACCGGGGGCAUUCAAUUCCACACGGGACUUUCUCUUCCGGAACCGGGGCGUCGGAGAGCCCACCGCGCCGGGCUCCCAGCAUGGGCUCUUCGCAGCUUCGGCCGGGAGCCUCCACGGGCCGCCGGGGCUCAGCGACAACCCCGGGCAUCUGUUGUUUCCAGGACUUCACGACCAGGGGGUGAGCCACACUUCACCGAGCGGACAUGUGGUGAACAGCCAAAUGCAUCUUGGCUUGCGCGGGGACAUUUUCGGAAGACCCGAUCCUUACCGGCCGGUCGCGAGCCCUCGGACGGACCCCUACGGAGCUCAGCUCCACAACUACAACCACCCCAUCAACAUGAACAUGGGAAUGAAUGUGCCGACACACCACGGUCCGGGGGCCUUCUUCAGAUACAUGAGGCAGCCGAUCAAGCAAGAGUUAUCCUGCAAAUGGAUAGACGAGAACCAGAUGAACAGACCCAAAAAGACUUGCGAGAGGACUUUCAGCACCAUGCAUGAGAUGGUCACGCAUGUGUCCAUGGAGCACGUCGGCGGCCCCGAGCAGAGCAACCACAUCUGCUACUGGGAGGAGUGCCCGAGGGAAGGGAAAUCUUUUAAGGCCAAGUACAAACUCGUCAACCACAUCCGAGUGCACACGGGCGAGAAACCGUUCCCGUGCCCGUUCCCCGGAUGUGGGAAAAUAUUCGCCAGAUCGGAAAAUUUGAAAAUCCACAAAAGAACACACACAGGUGAGAAGCCGUUUAAGUGUGAAUUUGAUGGCUGUGACAGACGCUUCGCCAACAGCAGCGACAGGAAAAAGCACAUGCAUGUGCACACAUCAGACAAGCCAUACAUCUGCAAAGUGUGCGACAAGUCAUACACACACCCCAGCUCUCUCAGGAAACACAUGAAGGUACACGAGUCUCAAGGAUCCGAAUCCUCUCCAGCAGCGAGCUCCGGAUACGAGUCGUCCACACCGCCGGUGCUGGUGUCAGGCAGCACCGAGGACCCGACAAAAACACCGCCGUCAGUCGUGCAAAACACGUCUGGCCACAGCGAAGGACUGGCACCCAACUUUAAUGAAUGGUACGUUUAA